AUGAGCGACAGCGCCCUGGAGUUCACAGCGGAGGAGAGCGACUGGGUUUUCGACUAUGUGCUGAACCUGUUCCGCUCGCCGGCGUGGGAGCUGCCGGUCAUGUGCUUCAUCGAUGACAACUGCGCCAGCUUCGACACGGGCGAGGAGAACAAGUUCAUCUACACGGAGCUGCACACGCAGUUCCGCGAGUUGGUGGAGAACGUGCUGGGCUCGCACCUGGCCGAGAUGGGGCUCACGGCCGCGGACUUUGCGUCUAUCUGCGAGAAGCAGCGGGACAGCGAGCGAGCGGCGGGCGUAUCCGUGUCCGACGGUGUGAGUGCUGACGUGGUGAACCAGAUCCUAGCCAUGGACGACUUCCUGAGCUUCAAGAAGCUCAUGGUCAAGCGCAACUUGGAGCUGGAGCUUGAGGCCAUCAAGGAGCUGCGUGAGGAGGUGACGGAGGACGAGCACGACCUCGAGGCGCAGUUCAUGGAGCUCAGCGUGCUGUACAAGCAGGAGGAGAUGGAGCAGGCGGAACUCGAGGCCGCGCUCGCCAUGUCCAUGAGUGUGCAGAGUGAGCAGCUUCGGCUCGCUUCGGUGGCUGCUAAGGUUGCGGAGGACAAGUACGCGAGCGCUGCGUCCGAGACGCGGCAGCUGUCGCCCGCCGAGGUGCAGCAGCAGAUUCGCGAGAGCAAGAAGAAGGCCGAGGAGAUCUGCAAGAAGAACAAGGAGUCGCUCGAGGAGAAUCGCAACAAGCAGCGCGAGUGGCAGCAGGCAGCCGAGAUCUCGGAGGAAGAGCUCAAGCGCCGUGAAGAGUAUCUCCGCAAGCAGCGCGACCGCAUUAUUGAGAAGAAGAAACGCGAGCGCGAGGCGCAGUUGAAGGAAUACCAGCAGGAGCAGAAGGCCACAGCUCCAGAGCCACCGGCGCAGCUCGUUGAGAAGCUGCAGAGCAACACUUCGGAGGAAGCCAAGAAGGCGGAGGAGGAAGAACGCCGGAAUGCGUUGCGCAUUGCUUUGGCCCGCCGGAUGAAGCAGGAUCUACUGGAGUCAGCUAACGCGGCAGCCUCCGAGCCCAGUCGCUCCGGAAGCUUCAAAGUGCACCAGGUACGCAGCAAUACCUAG